AUAUAAAUGGCAACUCGUUGCCCUAAAACUUCCGCUAUAUGCAGAGUUCGGAAAUUGACCGAACCAUAAGACCGUCUAUCAUGCGCAACCUCAUCUUACAAUUCUGCAAGGGACUGUUUCCACCAUUUGAACCCAUUUAACAUAAUAUUCUGAAAUGAAAAAAAAACUAAAACACAGAAAGCUACCAAACCAAGUUAAAGUCAAAAUGGUCCCGGAGAGCCUCAAAAAAAAACAAAUAAGCACUGGAUAUAUAUUGUGUAAAACACCAACGUGCUUUCCACUUCAUCUAUCUUCAUAUUAUAUUACAUUCCACACCACGUCUACAAUCAUGGCAUAUCAUAUAUUUCCCUUCCUGGUGAUGAUCUUUCAACGAAAUUAAAUUAACAGAUCGAUAAUAUACACCAUGCCAUCGCCAAAAACACUGCCGUCUCAACCGCGAAAUGUGGUGGCACCGGAUAGAUCGCCAUCGCGAUUACCUGCUUCUCCAGUUCUCUUGCAACAACCAUCUCACAAGAAAGGUCAGUGGAAAUCAAGAAAACUCUUCAGACGUGUCAAGUCGGUUUUCAGGUCAUUUCCAGUAAUAAACCCUCCGUGCAAGAUGCCGGUCUCCCUACAUGGAAACCGGCCUCACGAAGGGCAUAUACACGGAGGGAAACAGAUGACUGGAACCCUCUUUGGGUACAGAAAAGCUAGAGUUAAUCUUGCUAUUCAAGAGAAUCCACGAGGCGUUCCGUUGCUUGUCCUCGAACUUUCCAUCCAUACUGGUAAGCUGCUCCAAGACAUGGGUUCCGGACUUGUCAGAAUUGCUCUCGAGUGUGAAAAGAACCCUUCUGAGAAACUCAAACUCAUCGAUGAGCCCAUAUGGACCAUGUACUGUAAUGGUCGAAAAGUUGGGUACGCUGUGAAGAGAGGGCCUACAGAGGAUGAUCUGAAGGUCAUGCAAAACCUUCAUGCAGUGUCGAUGGGAGCCGGUGUUCUGCCUACUGCGAACGCCGAGUCCCCUGAAGGAGAGCUAACUUACAUGAGAGCAUUUUUUGAACGGACCGUUGGAUCAAAAGACUCGGAGACAUAUUACAUGAUGAAUCCUAAUGGCACCAGUGGUCCUGAGUUGAGCAUAUUUUUCGUUAGGAUUUGAUCAACUGCAUACACAUUUGUACUUAAUUAAUUAAUUAAUUAAUUCUAUUUCUGUUCUUCAUCUUCA